AUGGCGUCCAUUCCCGCUGGAUCAGGCGUCGUAGCGCCAUCUACUGCAUCUUCUUCUUGGGUACGCACACUCGCGAGCACGCAGAGCUGUACCCUGCAACGUUUGGAUCUCUCCCAUGCGCGUGUACCGACGUCUGUAUUGUUGCGAGAGUUGGCUACAUUGCCACGUUUAACGCAUCUCCGUCUACCACGGCAAAUACUGCGAGACGAAAACCUGGAGCAUCUUGUAGCUGCACUAGCGUAUGCUCAGUUCCUACCGCAGCUUCGAGGACUUGACGAGAAUGUUCGUCAGGCUAUGGAUCGAUUGGAGAAAUCCUAUCUCAUGCAACUCGACAUGGUCACGUUCCUGUUACAAAAACCCAGUGUGAAUACCGCAGCUGGAGACCGUACCCCAUCGUAA